UAAGGGUCGUCCCAGCCCCUCUCCCACUUCGGGAAAGUCGGCUUGGCCAGCCAAGGUACCGGAUACAACUUCUCCGCGUACGUCACCGCGUCGAGCUCGGGCAGUUGCACCCGCACCGGCGGCGGCCUCCGUAAUGGAUCAGAGUGAAGAAGUCUGGCUGUCUCUGAAGCCCAGAGAGCCACUGUCAUCUCAGUGCUGUGGCAGUGGCUGCAAACCCUGCAUUUAUGACAUAUAUCAGGAAGACCUAAAGAAGUGGGAAGAGGCCAAGGCAAAAGAAGAUAUAAGCCUCCUCUCCAGAAAGAAGCAGCAAAGUAGCAAUUCAGACCUAACUCCAGAAACAUUUAUGGCUUUCAUCAUAAGUUCUGUGACUCAAUUGACUGAGGACACCUACCAGUACACUUUUAAAUUGCCUGGAAACAGCAGCUUGGGGUUGAGUUUAGGACAACAUAUUGUUCUAAGAGGAAUAGUGAACGGUUUGGAGGUUCAGAGAGCUUAUACUCCAAUUACGCCUGUGAAUGCCGAAGGGUUCUUUGAAGUUUUAAUAAAGUGCUAUAAAACUGGACUAAUGUCCCAAUACAUAAAAUCAUGGAAAAUGGGAGAUGCCAUUUUUUGGAGAGGACCAUUUGGAGGCUUUGCUUAUACAGCCAAUCGGUAUGGAGAACUCCUCAUGCUCGCUUCUGGGACAGGCAUUGCACCAAUGCUUCCUAUUAUCCAGUACAUAACUGAAAAUGAAGAUGAUGAAACUUUUGUAACUCUGGUAGGCUGCUUCAGAACUUUUGAAAAUAUUUACAUGAAAACUCUUCUUCAAGAACAGUCUCGAUUCUGGAACAUCAGGACAUUUUAUGUAUUAAGCCAGGAACAGUCACUUAAAAAUCUGCCAUGGAGCUUUCGAGAGACUACACAACUUGGUCGAAUAGAUGAAAGUUUGAUUAAGAGUAUGGUGAACACAUGUAGAAGGCAACCAUUUGUUUUAGUAUGUGGCUCAGUGACAUUUAAUGAAGAUAUGGAGAAGCACUUGAAAGCAAUUGGUUUUGAAAACGAGUCAUAUUUUAUAUUUUAAAUCACUUCAAAUAAAGUGGGCAUCUCGGCUACAGAUAUUAUUAAUGGACAGGUCUGCUGAACUAUUUUUAAACUUUAUAUGAUGUAUAUAAAGAAUUUUAUGAAUGGUUCCAUAAAUUAACAUUUCAGAGCUAAUUAUAUUACUUUUCAGUUUGUUGCAAAUGUUUUGUACAAUUCCUCUACCUUUUGUGGGAAAAUUGAGAUCUGGUAUAGUGCAAUAUAUAUAGUACAGGAACAAGGAUCAGAGUCAUCAUUCUGAUCUUCCAGCUAUUGAUCUGAGUUGGCUGAAAAUCUUUCUCCAUGCCCAGCUAAAUCACAUGCAAGAAUUACCCUAUAGAAAUAUAUCUCUUGCUAUGUUGUAUUGUGGAUGAUAUCUGAGCAGAACAUUCUGCUGUGUAGCUGUAUAUUAUCAGAGUUUUGCCUUAUUAGCAUUCUCUGCAAAAUGAUUUUUAAAAAAUUGAAGGAAACAUUGUGAAUUUCAUCCUAGUACACCCUAAAUCCACUGGAUUGCCACUUCUUUAAGAAUCACAAUAAUUGGAAACAGUGGAUUCCAGUAUUAUUUUAUUCCUAUUAAUUUAAAUAUACAUUUGUGAAAUAUCCCAACAAUUAUUUUGCUAGCAAAGCAGUAAUUGUUAUAAUAAAUAACAUAAUAAAUAAACAGAAUUGCAUUUUUUUUCACAGUAAGUCUCCAAAUCAUGCUGGUUAUGAUUUUUCUGUUUUUGUUUAUAAUGGAGCACUGAAUCCAAUAAAACGCUAACUGAUAAGAAUAACAUUAAGCUUGGUUAUAUUUUAACUUUUACAGGUAGCAAAAUCUACUAUAAUAAGAGACUGAAACAGUUUCAUUUUAUAUCAUAAGGACUACAUCUGAUCUGUUUUAGAGGGAACAAACAUAUUGAUCUCUAAAACCAAGGAAACCUGACAUUUUAGUCUAAUGGAAAAUUGCAUUGUUUUGUUUCAGUCAUGGAAACUGCUUUGCGAAUAGAAAAUGCCCCAACCUUAGUGAAUAUACUUUUCCCAGUAGCAAUAGAAUAAUCUAUAAAACUUUUCUUCUAAGUAGAGAAAGGUUAUAGCUUGGUGCUAGAAAGUCUGCUUUUCUACAUAAUAUGUUUCGAGCUUGAGUUUGUCAUAUCUUUAUUUAGCCUAAUCUUAACAGGAGCUCAGUGAUAUGACAAACAUUUCUGUAGGGUUAUACUGAAUGUGGAAUCAUAGGAGACAGACUUGAUCCAAAUAUAAAACACGUGUAUCCCCAUUACCUUCAUCUUCAGAUAGUAGUAAGGAAGAUCUAGCUAUCCAGCAAUAUAAUAUUUCAGCUUUCAAUCUGAAGAACAAUUGAGAAACAAUGAACCAAUGUUCUACAAUGAGGAUUUGAAAUUUGCAGCUUGUUUUAUCCCGUCGGCCAGAUAAUGUCGGCUGGCGGGCCCUCGGGGAAGGGCCUUUUCUGUGGUGGCUCCGACCUGGUGGAAUCAACUUCCCCCCGAGGUUCGAACUACUCCCAUCCUGCCGGCCUUUAAGAAAGCCAUUAAAAC